AAGGUCAAAGGACUCCAUUUCUCGGGAUCACCAUUAUGUUCUUAAAGAAGUGGAAGAGUUUGAUGGAGUUUGACAAACUGCCUGUAGGUUCCAAAUGGCUGGGUCAACCCCAAAACACAGUGACAGAAACACAUGUAGCCUUGGCAACUAUCAGAUUUGGGUAAAUUCAGUGACAAAGUGUAGUCUAGCUUCAAUUCGUUGCUCCCUGACUGUUCUCGAUGCUAAACAGCAAUGCAUUGUUAUUUCAAAUUGGCAUGUAAUGCCUUUCAAUGAAACCUGAUCCGUGGAUGAAAGUGACAGAGCCAUGUCAUGACAAUCCACAGGUGCUAAUACAGACAGUGGACUUCGUAACAGUAAGGUCUUGGCCUGUCAUCAGACAGGAAGCCAGAGGGGCCACCAAGGAAGAGGCUUGUCAUGCGCCCCUCCCUUGAGCUGGUUGCAUUUUCUUUCAGUUUUCCUCAAAAUUUAAUUAAGCAUCUGUUGAGCAUCCAAGAAGUAAAAGGAGGAAUGACAGGUGGAGCCUGUGUUAAAUGCAGUAUGAAAUGUUUACUCCAGCAAGAGACAGAUAGAAAGACUGACCCACUGCCCACGCCACCAUGAUGCCAUAAAUAUUAGCCUAACUGGUGUAAUGAGAUUAUGGGUUACUUCCCCCCCUGGUUCACAGGUUUUCUCUAAAAGGGAAGGAUUUCAUCAAGACAAGAUCCAGUCCUUCUGUUUCCCAGAUCUAGGAUUCUCUCAAUAAAUACCUGUUCCACCUAUGACGUACCAGGCACAAUACAGUAAGAAAAGAUGCAUGGGUACUUGCCCUCGAGUAGCCUACAUUCUAGUGGGAGGGAUGGUUGAAUAAUAGAAUCAAUGCAAGCAUGAAUGCUUUGAUCAAGGGUAUGAAAUAGAUAAUGGGGCACGAGGUCCUAGUUUAUCUAUGUGGUCAGGAAAAGCCUCUCUGAGGUGACAUUCCUGCAAGACCCAAAGUUGGGGGAAUUUCAGACUGGGGAAUUUACACAAGGCAGGUCCCAGGAAGAAGGAAGGAGGGGUGCCUGUCUGUGAUUGGAGUAUGGGGUGUGGGGAGUUUGGAGGGAGAAGGGCCUUGUGGGCCAUGGUGAACAGUCUAAAGUGCAUGUAAGUGCCCUAUGACAGGACGACAUGCCUGUUCUAAGUGGAUUGCUUUGGCAGUUGUGUGGCGUUGGGCUUCAGGAACAGGACAGGAAUGGGGCAGAGAGACCAGUUAGGAGGUGGCUGCAGAAGUCCAGGGGAGGGGGGAUAGAAACUCCACCAAGGGCAGCAGUGGCGGAGGUGGCAGGAAGAGGGCAGAUUCGAGAUCUAUUUUGGAGACAGACUGGCUGAUGGAUGGUUUGGCUGGGGGCGAGGGUGGGGGCCAGGAAGGAGAGGGAGGCAGCAAGGGUGGUGCUGAGUUUCCGGCUUGAGUACCACACUUUCCCAUGUCUGUGCAUCCUCUAGAAAGACUUGCUUCAGCACUGUACCAAAGUCCAACCUCCAUCUCAGCCUCCUCCUGCCUAACAGUAUCCUCUCCGGUCCAGGAAGAGUCAUUACCCUGCUUGUUCAGAUAGAAAAACUGAGGCAAGCAUCAGCAAAGCACACUGCCCCUUAGGCAACCAAUUGUAUGAACCAAAGAGCCAGAGCUUGAACCGCAGGGCUGCCUUGGGUCGCCAGAGUCGCAAAGAUGGAGGGUGAUGUCCAGUUUUAUGAUCUGUCAUGUGGUGUGACCUUAAACAAGUUGUAAAACCCCUCUGAGCCCCAGUUUCCUUAUCAGUAAGAUGGAGGAAAUAACAAGCUCUGCCUCACAGUGUGGCUGUCAGAAUGAAGUGAGGGCACAGGCCCUCCACAGAUAUUAGUACUGCUCUGCAGAUCACAGAGCUCACACACGCGUCUGCUCUUUAUGCACGUGUGUGCACACACUGUAUCUGUGUGUGCUUGUGGGCACAAAGCUGUUUGUGUGCCGACAUCACAGCCACAGCCAAUGACUAGUCCCUGCGGAGGUUUCAGGUUAAGACAGUAGCGUGUUUGCUUACAUGCUUCUGUUUAGCCUCCUGAGCCAUGCUUGCUGGUUGAAGUAGAAGCUUUUGUCCUCACUGGAACAUGAGUGAGUUGUCGAGUUUGGAGCCAGCUGUGAAAGGCAGGUGGGGGCUGAGAAGGCUAGGGCUGGAGGAAGGGAGCUGAGGAGGAAGAGGAGGAGGAGGCCAAAGAGGGCCUAGGAUGGAACCAGGGCCCAAAAGGAAAUGCACACUCAGAUCUGGAGUCUGGUGCACCCAGAGCCCCUUCUGUGGGUGGCUAUAGGAGCCUCUCCCAGCCCCCUCUCCACACCCGCUUCACUGAGACUGCUUUAUGUUCCUGUUCCCAGGAGGCAGCUGGCACCGAGGGAGGCUGGAGGGGUGGUGGGGCGGGGCUCCCCACUUUGUGCCCAGAGCCAUUCGAAGGGUGUGUCCCAGCAGGGCACACACACAGUGAUUAGGGGGAGGGAGGAGUGGCAUUCACCGUCCACUGCAUGACCCAGCCGGUGGGCUGGACAGCAGCCAGCUCUCCCCAGGCUCUUGGCUGCAAUAUCACUGGCCCUGGCACCACCCAUAGCCUACCUGGACACUCCUUCCAGUCCAGAGGCUGGAGCCCUUCUCAGAGGAGCCGCCUGGGGGCAGGCUGGGUUGGGCACCUCAACUCUGUGCACCCCUCCCUCCAGCUCCCUCCCACACCCCGCUCCAGCUGGGUUUGAAAAGGUGCUCCCAUCCUUCCUCCUCUCCAAAGCAGGCCCUGCCCUGUACUCUUUCGGCCAGAAGCUGCACCCAUAAACUGGCUCUACCCCAUAGACCCCCACCUGUUGUCUUACCAAUGAGAGAACCCUCCUAACCAGGCCAGCUGCUGGCUUUCCCCAGGGACUCCCCCUCCUGCCUCCACUUCCCCACCUGACACUGCAUCCUCUCCUGCUCCCUGCAGGACCUUCCAGGCCUGCCCAGCCCCACGCCUCCUGGAGCCCUGUCCCUGUGAGCCUGGCUUACUAACUGCUCUGCAGAAGCACUGCCCUUUCCUUGUGGACCCACAGGGUGCUGGAUGCACCUUGCCCCACUGUCCAGUACGCCUGAGCUUUAUCUCCCUGACAAGACGAGAGGCUCUGAGAUUGGCACUCCACGGCACCCACCCCACUCCACCCAGGCUGUUGAGGCAAAUCCUUUAUGGGCACACCGCAAACACUUCUGGAUUCAUACUGAUUCCAUCCAGGUCAUGUGUUGGCACCUUUACCUCCUGGGUCUGUGAGUGUAGUGUGGAGUUAUGCUUCAUUGGAUAUUUAACUAGUACCUUUGUGGACAAAGGGAUUUGACUUCUCCAUCUUUGGCUUGGGUGUUCUGGGAGUACCUGGUUUUUGAUAAAAAGCUAUGGAGUCAUCGGUCUUGGAAACUGUCCACCUGCUCUGAUGAAGCACUCUCAUUUCUUCCCUUCAGCACCCAAUUCCCUGACCUAGCAGCUUCUCCCCACCACAUCCUGGCCACCCAGCCUCUCUCUACCCCCACGCAGCAGUCCACUGCCCUCUUUCCACAGCAUGGAGGGUCUGACGCACUCAUUCUAAUCCACUGUGGAAACACCUGCUGCCCUGCCCGCAGCAGAAGGUAUUUACAGUUUAAAGGGAACCACAGAGAGAUCUGACCCUUCCUGCCUUCCUGAAGCAAGUUUGCCUGCCUGUCUGGGGCAGGCUCCCUGCAGGUCAUUCCUCAAGAAGAAAUGAAUCAUUAACAUUGGGAUUUCAGGCAAGGGGCGCCUGUUGGAGGAAAUGGUUUUGCCUGAACCAUCUUUCUGGGGCUCUGCAAAUCACAGCCUCAUCACUGGGCCUUCACGGCCAAUGUACCUUUGAGAUUUAUUUCUGGUUUUAGGUUGCUUUAAAGCUCAUGGCCUGCCCUGGGAAGAGUGGCAGAGGCCACGGAAGGCCAAGCACCUCACUGGACUCCUUGGUUUUGUGCUUGUUCCCCAUGGCACUGGGGGAAGGUGGUCAGCAGGAAAGAUCCACUCCCCUGGCUCUUCCCCCAUUUCUGAGAACAGCCAGCAGAGAGUUAUCAAGGCAUUAAUGGUUAUUUCCCCCAGGUGACCAGACAGUUCCAGGGGGAAAGAGGCCUGACAGCUCCCAGCUGGCCAGAACCUCCCAGGUGGCAGUUUUCAAAAAGGCCAUGGUGUGUGGCUUGAAGGAAAGGCCUGGGAGAGGGUGUUUAGCCACACCUGUGAUUGGUGACGGGACCACCCUAAUGCAGACUGCUGGAACCUCCAGUUGGCAUUUCUGAGUCAGCCUGCCUGAUAUGUGUAUUUGAGGGGAAGGGGUGUUGGUAGGUCCCACCCACAAGGUCUCAUGACCCCCAGCGGAGGAGGGAGCUGCAGUUCUGUGUUUGCUUCCUGCACUCCCUCUUUUGCUGUUACUUGAAGGAUUGCUCUGCAGUGUUUGAUUUGGUUAAGUUACACUCACGACCCUGUAAGGAGAAAACAUAUAAUUCUAGUAAUUUUAUUGGGCUUAGGUUUCAGGCAAAUGGAAAUAAAAUUGCCUCUAAAAAGACAGACAAGCUGAAUUGAAUAAAACAACAACAAUAAUAAUAAAAAGCCUCUCUUGCUUCGAGAUAAGUGAUAAGUCAUUUUGUGAAGUACUAGAAAGAGGGGGGAAAACCUCACAAAAACAAAAAACAAAACAACAAAACAAAAAAACGGAGGAACCCAGGAGAAAAGAAAAGCUCCUCCGCCGCCUUUGCCUUUAUUUCUGCUUUAUCUUCUCCAAAUUGCUUAAUUUGGUGUCAUAAAGUGAAGCGUAACGCGCGACUGGUGAGAUCGCCCUGUCCUGCGCUUGACAGUACAGGUGGACCAAAGGGGCUGCCGGCCAAAUACUUCUGGUUGGAGGGAGGGGUGGGAGUGCUCGCUCAAAACCACUCCUGGAAUGGCUUAACUCGCCCAGCACGAAUCAAUGACAACCUCCCGCCGGCUGCGGCAGGCUCCCCCGAGCAGCGCGGCCGCGUGGAUUCCCAGCCCGGGACCCUGGCGGCGCUCAGGACACGGCCCGGGCACGAACGUGGCGUCCCCCAGGCGGCCAGGGCUCUGGCUGAGAACAUGGCCAAUGACAUUGACGAGCUCAUUGGCAUUCCCUUCCCCAACCACAGCAGUGAGGUCCUGUGCAGCCUCAAUGAGCAGCGGCACGAUGGCCUGCUGUGCGACGUGCUCCUGGUGGUGCAGGAGCAGGAGUAUCGGACCCACCGCUCCGUCCUGGCUGCCUGCAGCAAGUACUUCAAGAAGCUCUUCACCGCCGGCACCCUAGCCAGCCAGCCCUAUGUCUACGAGAUUGACUUCGUGCAGCCUGAGGCUCUGGCCGCUAUCCUGGAGUUCGCCUAUACCUCCACGCUCACCAUCACCGCCGGCAACGUCAAGCACAUCCUCAAUGCUGCCAGGAUGCUGGAGAUCCAGUGCAUUGUGAACGUGUGCCUGGAGAUCAUGGAGCCUGGGGGGGAUGGCGGGGAGGAGGAUGAUAAGGAGGAUGACGAUGAUGACGAAGAUGAUGAUGAUGAGGAGGAUGAAGAAGAGGAGGAAGAGGAAGAGGAGGAGGAUGACGAUGAUGACACGGAGGAUUUUGCUGACCAAGAAAACUUGCCUGACCCCCAGGACAUCAACUGCCACCAAAGCCCUUCCAAGACGGACCAUCUCACAGAGAAGGCCUAUUCAGACACCCCCAGGGACUUCCCUGACUCCUUCCAGGCUGGCAGUCCUGGCCAUCUGGGGGUGAUCCGGGACUUCUCCAUUGAAUCUCUGCUGAGGGAGAACCUGUACCCCAAAGCCAACAUCCCCGACAGGAGACCCUCCUUGUCUCCAUUUGCCCCAGACUUCUUCCCACACCUCUGGCCAGGGGACUUCGGUGCCUUUGCCCAGCUGCCUGAGCAGCCCAUGGACAGUGGGCCACUGGAUCUGGUCAUUAAGAACCGGAAGAUCAAGGAGGAAGAGAAGGAGGAGCUGCCCCCACCCCCACCCCCACCCUUCCCUAACGACUUCUUCAAGGACAUGUUCCCUGACCUGCCUGGGGGGCCUCUGGGUCCCAUCAAGGCAGAGAACGACUACGGUGCCUAUCUCAACUUCCUGAGUGCCACCCACCUGGGGGGCCUCUUCCCACCCUGGCCCUUGGUGGAAGAGCGCAAGCUGAAGCCCAAGGCCUCUCAGCAGUGCCCCAUCUGCCACAAAGUCAUCAUGGGGGCCGGGAAGCUGCCGCGGCACAUGAGGACCCACACCGGGGAGAAGCCAUACAUGUGCACCAUCUGCGAGGUCCGCUUCACCAGGCAGGACAAACUGAAGAUCCACAUGCGGAAGCACACCGGUGAGCGGCCCUACCUGUGCAUCCACUGCAACGCCAAGUUCGUGCACAACUACGACCUCAAGAACCACAUGCGCAUCCACACGGGCGUGCGGCCCUACCAGUGCGAGUUCUGCUACAAGAGCUUCACGCGCUCCGACCACCUGCACCGCCACAUCAAGCGCCAGAGCUGCCGCAUGGCGCGGCCCCGGCGCGGCCGCAAGCCCGCCGCGUGGAGGGCAGCCAGCCUGCUCUUCGGGCCCGGCGGCCCGGCCCCCGACAAGGCGGCCUUCGUGAUGCCGCCCGCGCUGGGCGAGGUGGGCGGCCACCUGGGCGGUGCCGCCGUGUGCCUCCCGGGCCCCAGCCCCGCCAAGCACUUCCUGGCGGCGCCCAAGGGCACCCUGAGCCUGCAGGAGCUGGAGCGGCAGUUCGAGGAGACGCAGAUGAAGCUGUUCGGGCGCGCGCAGCUGGAGGCCGAGAGGAACGCGGGGGGCCUCCUGGCCUUCGCGCUGGCGGAGAACGUGGCGGCUGCGCGGCCCUACUUCCCGCUGCCCGACCCGUGGGCCGCGGGCCUGGCCGGCCUUCCUGGGCUCGCCGGCCUCAACCACGUGGCCUCCAUGUCUGAAGCCAACAACUAGGCGGGUCCCUGUCGACUCCGGUCCUCCAGUCCUCCCUCCAGGCCCGCUGCACCCCACUCCAUGAAUCUGAACUUUGCAUUUUAAAAACCCAAAGGGAAAAAUGAAAAAAACAAACAAACAAAAAAUACUAGCAGUGAUGGCAUUUUCCCGGGCUCCUAAAGCAGCUGCCUCCUUUUGCUGGUGUCUGAGAGGGGCAUCUCCUCCCAAAGAGCCUGGAGCCCGGGCCUCCCCUCCCCCCACCCCCGGCUGUCUCUCUGGCUCUCACAUAGAAAUUUGCACUGGCCCAUGCCACACGGAGCUGGGUGCCCAGCAGCUCUUAGGAGCUGGGUGAGUUAUGAGGGGUCAGGGGCGGUUGGCCUGGUGCCCAGCCAGUCAGAGCAGGAGCAGGGUAGGGGCUGGGCAUGCACCUUGGUUAAGCCCCACCCCCUGUGGUCAAGUCUCCCCAACACUCCUCUGAGGGCUCAUUUUCCAGUCUCCAGUGGCCCCAGGGUCCUUUUGAGAACUAGCCACCUGCCACCUAGAAAGAAAUGCUCUUUGGCAGGGAGGCCUCCUGGAGUCAGGAACCAGGCUCUGGGAGGACAGGGUCAUUUUUCCCUUACCUGUCCAGUGACCUUGACAGGUCGGCCCUCUGUAUCUCGGUGCCACCUGGCUAUGGAAGGGGCUGGUAACUUAGGUUCCCUUCCUCUGCCCCUAAACACAUAUACACCUAUCUCCCCAGAGAAUCCUGGAGAGGACAGGAGCUCUGUACUCCCCAGGUCCAUGGGGAAACAGUUUAUCUUUCUGGACUUAGUUUUAUCACAUCCAGCCGUCUAUUACCAUAUUCGCAUAGGUGAGAACUAUGGCCAUACUAGACAGAGGUCACAGGAGACAGGGGCGCUUCAGAGCAUCACCGAAGCCCACAGGCAGCUCUGGGAACUCCCAAUGCCACCCUACUUUCCCUGCAGGCCGCUGUUGAUGUCUGAACCCCUGGGGGCACUAUUUAGUGUUUACCCCAUAUCUCCAAGCCCCCUCCAAGGCUGAGCAGUGUCUUGGGGCUCUCAGGGCCAACAUCGAAGAGAUGGGGGCCACCUCUCAACACCUAGCAACUGUCUCUCCUCACCCUGAUUCCUGAAAACAGACAAAAUGUCUGGUUUUCUCGGGUUUAUGUUUGCUUUUUAAGUUAUGGGUUCCUCAGGGCACAGCAUGGCUAAUGAUGGUCCCCUUUGUUGUGUGAGAGCCCCCUCCACCCCUUCAUCCUCCCUGUGGGGGUGAAGUGGGAGCAUUUGGGUCCCCUUUUUUGGCAAAAGGGCUCAGUGCAGGGAGGUGGAAGCCUCCAAGGUUUGAAGGGCACUGUGACUUAGGGCUGUCACAUGUUCUCCUGGUUCAUGAGUUUGAAGCAGGUCCUGAAAAGGAAGGCUCUGCUGGCCCCAUGCCUUCCUGACCUUCUCUCUCCUUCCCUCCCCUCUCUUUUCUUGCCGAGUUUGCUUUGGUUUCUCAGCAGCCCAGAGAGGAGGAGGGUUCAUCCCCAGGGAGGGUCCAGGGCUGGAGUCCCCAGUCCCUGUGCCGUGGGCACAAAGAGACUUCAGCUCUUCCUGUUGCCUUGGCUUUUUCCUGAGCAAACACACAAGAAACAAAAAGGCCGAGAAGAGCACAGACUCUGUCCCUGUCACAGCUCUCCAGAAGAGACCUCUCUGAUUCUUUGUACCACCGGAUGCCACUCCAGCCGGCAGGAUUGCUACACACACCCUCUGUCCUCAGAAGUCAUCUGCCUGGGCAGCCGCCUCUCAGAUUCCUGUCUUCGUUUCAGACACUUGCCUCUGAAGCAUGCCUGUAUCCACCAGCCAACGUGCCCGUGUCCCCCCUUCCCCAAUCAGCCAAGCGAUUGGGGCCAAACCAAACUUUAAAAGAAAAAGAAAGGAAAAGUGAAUAAAUUGGAUUCCAGUGGUGUUGGGGCUUUCGUUUUUAUUUUGUAAAGGUAAUGACUUCUUAUAAACUCAAUUUUUCAGAUGACUGGUUAGUUCUUUGUUUUUUCUUAGCUGCAAUUUGGAGUUGUACAUUGUAAAAUAUCCAAAGAUGUUGAGUACUGUAUGAUCAAGAACUUGAAGCAAAUGGGUUGUGGGGGGAGGGGUGGUUGUGUUUUUAUUUUGCUUCAAUUUUUUUUUUUUAAUGUUUUGAUUUCCCUGUCUGUCUGUGGGAGAACUUUGGAAUUUUUUCUAUUUAUAACUCCUUUUUUAUGUGAUUGCUCUAUGUAAAAUGACACUCAACAAAGUUUGCCUUAGUGAUUCAAGGGACAAUCUUCCAUAACUUUGGUCGCACGCCGCAUCCUGCCAAGAGCAACUCUCAGCUAAUUUUCUGGCCUAUUUAUUAAACAGUAUUAAUUGACUUGA